AUGCCAAAUAUUCAAAGAGUUGGUGAUGAUUGGGAUAUUUCAAUAGAAUUUGAUUUAAAAGAUUUAAAUAAAUACAUGAUUGCGUCACCAAAUAUGGAAUUUAAUAUAGAAUUAAUUUUAAACGGUAAACAAUUAUUUGAAAAUAAAGAAUUUUUAAAAAGAUUUGCUAAUUGUUUUAAAUUUUUCCUUAAUGCUUUAAAUUAUAAUUUUGAAGCAGUUUUCAAUACAAGAAGAUCAAUAACUUUCAUCUUAAAUGAUAAAAUCAAUUAUCAACUGAUACCAAACAAAAAGGAAUUACAAAAAUUAAAUUUAAAAAUUAGUUUAAUAGGAUCGACUCAAAUUAAUUUUAAAAUUUUGAUCAAAGAAUUAAAUGAAUUAUUAGUUGUUUGGUUGUCAGAUUUAGAUUUAAAAUGUCCUUUAAUUUUCUCAAAAAUAUUAAGAGAAAAUUUUAAAAAUCAUUUAGGUAAAAAUAAUUAUAAUGAUGAAUAUAAAUUUAUAAAAGAUAUCGUAAAUAAUCAUAAAUCAACUACUUCAUUAUUUAAUUUAAGUAAAAAUCCAAAAUAUUUAUCAUUAGUACGUGAAUAUAAUGUUUCCCCAAUUUUAAAUAUUUUACAAAUUCAAGAUUAA